GUUUUAUGCUCUAAAGUAAUCUCGGUUGUCUGCAUACAAGUCAUCAGGGGCGUUGUUUUCAUUUCGUAAUGAGUUAAAAUAAAACAGUUUUUUUCUCAAAAGUCAUCGGCAAAUAUCUUCUUCAAGAAGUGUAUUUAAUAUUAAUUCGAUAUUUUAUAGAAAAAAUUUGUUCACUGGUGGAAUAACCUAUGUAGGUACAUACUAUAAUUUUUUCUCAACAAACCGCGAAAUUCGUAUUUUGAAUUUAAAUUUACCAUAAGGACAGUAACUUGCAAAAAUGGAAGAUGAAAAUGAAGAAAAAAAUCUUAAUGUGAAAUCGGAAGUAGAAGCUGAUACCGAAGCUGACCUUAGUGAUGAAGAAAAUUGUGAACUAGAUACUGUAGAACUUAAGAAUGUAAUGAUGGAAACUGAAGAACUAUCGAAUGCUGUUAUUAUUGGUGAAUAUGAUGAGGAUAAUUCAGAUCAGAACCUUAUCAUUGAUAAUGAGCAACAAAUAGUUAGGACAUAUAUAGUAAGGCAAAACUUCGAUUCUUCAGAUACUAUUGAAGAGUAUUUUAUUGAAUCGGAGGAAUCUGGUAGUCAUCAUGAAGUCGAUGAAGUUGUUAUUGAACAAUAUAUGGAGGCAAUAAAAACAACCGAUUCUCUAGAAACUGAAACAGAAGGAGAGGAGAAAAUAUGCAAUGAAAUUGAAGAGGAUCCUGAUUUUGAAGCAACACAUCAAAAUUCUCAGAAGUCUAAUGACUUUGAAUGUAAUACAUGUAAUAGAUCAUUCAAAACUGCUAUAGGACUCAAGAGACAUACAGUUUUAAGUCAUCCAAGUACAGAUGUUUGUGAAGACGAUCCUUUAACUCUCCAGAUUUGUGCUUGUUGUGGAGAUCCACUUGAUUCUAAUACACAUACUGUUGGCGAUUAUCAAUGUACAAUAUGUUCUAAAUUAUUCAUCCAAAAGAGUAUUCUUGAUCGUCAUACAAGCUUGGAACAUCCCAAAGGAGAUAAUUAUAAAUGUUCAGAAUGCAAAUUUAUCUGCAGUAGAAAAGUGGACUUUGAGCACCAUUUGCAGACACAUAGUUUCAAAAUGGUCAAGUGCAUUUGCAACAAAGAAUUCACUAGAAAGUACCACUUAGAGCGUCAUUUGCAAAUAUCAGGGUGUGGAGGCAGCAAAGCAGACCCAAUGUUCAAAUGUGAGGUUUGCUCUAAGGAGUUCUAUAGAAAAGAUAACUUCAGGGUACAUUUGAAAACUCAUUCUACAGGUAUUAAGAAAGAAAAAUCAGCCAGACAAUGUCAAUUCUGUAAUAAAGAAUUCUCAUCAGUAGGAUUACUAACUGUACAUGUGAGAACUCACACUGGUGAAAAACCUUAUGCAUGUGAACAAUGCGAUAAAAGAUUUCCUUCGACUGGAGCCUUGAAAAAACACGUGAGGGUCCAUACUGGGGAGAAGCCUUAUGUAUGUAAAUUUUGUUCGAAUCGUUUCGCUGCAAAGGAAACUUUGAAUAGGCAUAUUCGAGUUCACACAGGGGAGAAGCCACAUUCUUGCAAGUUUUGUGGAAAGAGUUUUAUUCAGGCUGCUCAGUUGAGAGCACAUAUAUUUCAUCAUACAGGCGAAAACGCUUACAUAUGCCAAUAUUGUAAUAGAGGUUUCAAUAGGAAACUGAGGCUUACCACCCACAUAAAAUACAUGCACGAAGGAGCUGAACCCCUACAUUGCAAGGAUUGUGAUAAGACAUUCUUCAGAAAGGAAGACCUUUCUAGGCACACUAUACAGCAUACAGGAGAAAGACCUUUUGUGUGUGAAAUAUGCGAGAAAUCAUUUGCUGUAAAAUCAUCCCUCAAACUUCACAAAUUGACACACAAUAAAGAAGUUCCCUGUACUUGUGAAUAUUGUGGCAGAGUUUUCAUCAGACAAGAUUGCUUAAUGAGACAUAUGAGAGCUAGACAUAGGGAGUUUUUGGAGGAUAUAAUGAUAUCAGCUGAGAAGAAGAGAUUGCAACAGCAACUUCUGGGUGCUAUUUCAGAAGCAGCAGAACAGGAUCAGAAAAGUAUAGUUGAAAGCACUGUCUGGAACGAGUUCACACUAACAGAGUCGAUAAAAGAAUUAUUGACCCUGUUGGUCGAUGAUGACUGUUUGAAAGAGCUUGGCUAUCCUGAUACACCAGUUGAUAAAGUCCUUGGCGCUGUAAUCAGAAGAUGUGGACAUGAGCCAGUUUCAGAUAAAGACUUCGAUUAUAUUGGAAGGUUGAGAGAAAAUGCCAAAUUGUUAUUUACAGCCGUUAUAGAUGAUGAAGCUGUAAAAUCACUUUUAAAUAAUCAAACCGUUGAUGAGGUUAUAUUGCAUGUGUUGCGAUUAGCUAAUAAGACAUAAUAUUAAGUUUUAUUUGGUAAUGUACUUUUAUGCUUAUUAUUUUUUAUCUUUAUUAACUGUUAAUUUUUAUUGGGAAUUAGUAAAGAAAUAUUAUACUAAAUUAUAAAUGACUGUUAUUCUAACUGAAUAAUGAAGGGUGUAAAUAUUUUUUAUUCAAUAAAAUAAAUAAAAUUUUAUAGAAAUAUUUCUACAUUAAAAUAAUGAUAAUAGCAGGUCUUUAUUUUAAUA